UCAGUUGUAGCAAGUCUAAUCAUCCUACAUUUGUCUGGGGCAACCAAAAAAGGAACAGAAAAGCAAACUCCUCCCGAAGGACAGAAACCAGUGCAGUGCGGAACUUGGACCAAAUAUGCCGAAGGAGGCAUCUUCACUUCUCCCAAUUACCCCAACAAGUAUCCUCCUGACAGAGAGUGCGUCUACAUCAUAGAAGCUGCCCCUAGACAAUGCAUUGAACUACACUUCGACGAAAAAUAUUCCAUCGAGCCUUCCUGGGAGUGUAAAUUUGACCACAUUGAAGUACGAGAUGGACCUUUUGGCUUUUCCCCAAUCAUUGGACGUUUCUGUGGACAGCAAAAUCCACCUAUGAUAAAAUCCAGCGGCAGAUUCCUGUGGAUUAAAUUUUUUGCUGAUGGUGAGCUGGAAUCUAUCGGGUUUUCUGCUCGGUAUAAUUUUACACCUGAUCCAGAUUUUAAGGACCUUGGCGUUUUGAAACCAUUGCCAGUUUGUGAGUUUGAGAUGGGAGGACCUGAAGGAAUUGUGGAAUCUGUACAAAUUGUCAAAGAAGGAAAGGCUUCUGAAACUGAAGCAGUAGACUGUAAAUGGUACAUCCGAGCACCACCCCGAUCCAAGAUCUAUUUGCGAUUCUUGGACUACGAGAUGCAGAAUUCCAACGAAUGCAAGAGGAAUUUCGUAGCUGUCUAUGACGGCAGCAGCUCCGUGGAGGAUUUGAAAGCGAAGUUUUGCAGCACCGUCGCUAACGACGUGAUGCUGCGGACAGGCCUGGGUGUGAUCCGCAUGUGGGCAGAUGAAGGCAGUCGAAGCAGCCGGUUCCAGAUGCUCUUCACCUCUUUCCAAGAACCCCCUUGUGAAGCCAACACAUUCUUUUGCCACAGUAAUAUGUGUAUUAACAAUACAUUGGUCUGCAAUGGACUCCAGAAUUGUGUGUACCCUUGGGAUGAAAACCACUGCAAAGAAAAAAGAAAAGCUAACCUGUUGGACCAGCUUACCAAUACCAGUGGGACUAUCAUUGGGGUGACGUCUUGCAUUGUGAUCAUCCUCAUUGUUGUCUCGGUCAUAGUCCAGAUCAAGCAGCCUCGUAAAAAAUUCGUCCAAAGGAAAACAGACUUUGAUCAAACAGUGUUCCAGGAGGUGUUUGAGCCUCCUCAUUACGAGUUAUGCACCCUCAGAGGGACAGGGACUACAGCUGACCUUGCUGAUGUUGCAGAUGACUUUGAAAAUUACCAUAAACUGCGGAGAUCAUCUUCAAAAUGCAUUCAUGACCAUCACUGUGGAUCACAAGUGUCUAGCAUUAAGGGCAGCCGUAGUAACCUCAGCACAAGAGAUGCUUCUGUCUUGACAGAAAUACAACCCCAGCCUGUAAAGCCACUCAUUCAGCCCAUGAACAGGAGAAACAUCCUCGUCAUGAAGCAUAGCUACUCACAAGAUGCUGCAGACGCCUGUGAGAUCGACGAAAUUGAGGAGGUACCGACCACAAGCCACAGGCUGUCCAGGCAUGAUAAAGCUGUUCAGCGGUUCUGCCUCAUUGGGUCUCUAAGCAAACAUGAGUCUGAGUACAACACAACUAGGGUCUAAGAGACAGCCUUGAGACUGCUUGAGAAUAGUGCGCUCCUGGGUGAUUUUGAACAUGCUACAAUGAAAUGUGAAACUAUCGACCUUGGGAACACCAGCUAGAGGUUUUAUGGACUCUCUGACCAGCUAUUCUCAUAUCAUGACAAAAUUCAGCAAACAGUGUUGAGCAAAAUUACUAGAAGGCAAUAAGACUUUGGUUAUUAUGCUUAUUGGUCAUUUCUCUUUUUCUUUUUCUCUCUUCUUUUCGUUGCAAGUUAAAUUCCCAAUUUCAGGAACAAUUUAUUGAAAUCAGGUAUUUAGCCAUUCAUAAUCACUCCAAUAGAAACGUUUGUUGGAUAAGCAUCUAGCAAUAGGACUGAAUUUGACAUUGAGAAAAUAAUCUGCAUGUAUGUUACUGAAUAUUUGAGUUGGCAAAAAUCCCUUUAUUAGACACAUUGUAAAAAGCAUGCAUCCACAAUUAUUGCUGUUACUGUUCCAUUUCUGUGUCAUAUGCUUGCUACUUGUAACUUUUUAUAUAAAGAUACAUAAAACAAUGUAUAAUAA